UCUGAUCUGCAUGGAUAAGCUUUUUCCCCUCACUGGAAUUUUGAACUAGUCUGGAUAUGAAAAAGUGCUUGCUAGCUGACUACCAAAAUAACUGUGCAUUAAACUUCAAGAGGCACUUUCACUGCAUAGGUGGUAUGAUGUUGCAACCAGCUGAUGUGGGACUAAGCCCCACUUGAACACGUUUCUACCCUUUUGCUGUCACCUUCCCACAAUGCCCGGCCCUUUUCGUGGGAAGCUAAAGAUUUUUGUGGCAUCUUUAGCUUUUAUGGUACUUCUUACAUGGCUUUACAUCAUAGUAUGUAACUUUGAAAGUGGCAAGUCCCUACUGCUCUCCCCCUGUCUUGUUGACCAAUCAGAGCUUAGCUACUUGGAGAGAGAUGUGCUCACAUCAAGGAUGCAGAUGGUAGAAAAGGAGAACCAGCAGCUGCGGGUGCAGCUCCGCCAAUCCCAGGGUGUGGCACGGGUACAGGAGGGGAACUAUGGCAACCAACAGUGGAUGGCAUCGGCAGACAGAGGUCCGGAGGAUGCAGGGAACACAGCUGAGGAGAGGGGGAACAAUUCCGACUGCAGUCACCGAUCUAUGGUUGAGAAGUGUGAGCUCAUCCAUGUUGCUUGUGUGUGUGCGGGUCACAAUACCAGUCGAGAUGUCAUCACUCUGGUCAAGUCCAUCCUGUUCCACAGGAAGAACCCCCUCCACUUCCACUUUAUCACGGAUGCAGUGGCCCACAAAAUCCUUGCCCCUCUCUUCCAGUCCUGGUUGGUGCCGUCCCUGCAGGUCAGCUUCUAUGAUGCGGACAACCUGAAGCCGGAGGUGGCUUGGGUCCCCAACAAGCACUACUCGGGGAUAUAUGGCCUGAUGAAGCUGACUCUUACCAAAGCGUUGCCCACUGACCUUGCCAAGGUCAUUGUCCUGGACACAGACAUCACCUUCGCCACCGAUAUUGCUGAGCUCUGGGCUGUCUUCAGGAAGUUCUCAGAUAAGCAGGCAAUUGGGCUGGUGGAAAACCAGAGUGACUGGUACCUGGGAAACCUUUGGAAAAACCACAAGCCUUGGCCAGCCCUAGGACGUGGGUUCAAUACAGGGGUCAUCUUAUUACUGCUGGAUCGACUGCGUAGGAUUGACUGGGAGCAGAUGUGGAGGCUGACUGCCGAAAGGGAGCUCAUGAGCAUGCUGUCCACAUCGCUGGCUGACCAGGACAUAUUCAAUGCAGUGAUAAAACAGAACCCAUUCCUGGUGCACCAGCUGCCAUGUUUCUGGAAUGUCCAGCUGUCUGACCACACACGCUCUGAACAGUGCUACACUGAGGUCUCUGAUCUGAAGGUGAUCCACUGGAACUCCCCCAAGAAGCUGCGGGUGAAGAACAAACACGUGGAGUUCUUCCGUAACCUCUACCUGACCUUCCUGGAGUAUGAUGGUAACCUGCUGCGCAGGGAGCUGUUUGGAUGCCCCAGUCAGCCCAGCUCUGAGAGCCUCCGGCUGCAGUCAGCCCUUGAAGAGCUGGAUGAGGAUGACCAGUGCUAUGAAUUUCGUCGCGAGAGAAUUACAGUACACCGGGUGCACCUAUACUUUCUGCAGUAUGAGUACACCCCCACUGAGGAUGAUGCGGAUGUCACUCUGGUUGCCCAGCUCUCCAUGGACAGGCUGCAGAUGUUGGAGGCCAUCUGCAAACACUGGGAGGGUCCCAUCAGCCUGGCCCUUUACAUGUCUGAUGCUGAGGCCCAGCAAUUCCUACGCUAUGGCCAGGCCUCAGAGGUGCUCAAGAACCGCAAGAACGUGGGCUAUCAUGUUGUUUACAAGGAAGGCCAGUUUUACCCCGUAAACCUGCUGCGCAACAUUGCCCUCCGACAUGUCAACACGCCCUAUGUCUUUCUGGCAGACGUGGACUUCUUGCCCAUGUAUGGCCUGUACAGUUACCUCAGAAAAUCUAUUACCCAGCUUGACAUGAGUCACACCAAGAAGGCUCUAGUGGUUCCUGCCUUUGAGACCCUGAGAUAUCGCCUCUCCUUUCCCAAAUCCAAAGCUGAGCUACUCUCCAUGCUGGACAUGGGGACCCUCUAUACCUUCAGGUACCAUGUAUGGACCAAGGGCCAUGCACCCACCAACUACGCCAAGUGGCGCACAGCCACUACACCCUACAAGGUGGAGUGGGAGUGUGACUUUGAGCCCUACGUGGUGGUGCGGCGGGACUGCCCUGAAUAUGACCAGAGGUUUGUGGGGUUUGGCUGGAACAAGGUGUCUCACAUCAUAGAGCUUGAUGCACAGGAGUAUGACCUGGUCAUCUUACCAAAUGCCUUCAUGAUCCACAUGCCCCAUGCCCCCAGCUUUGACAUCUCCAAGUUUCGCUCCAGCUCCAGCUACAGGUACUGUCUGAGUAUGCUAAAAGAGGAGUUCCACCAAGAUUUGUCCCGAAAGUAUGGAGCUGCAGCCUUGAAAUAUCUCACUGCAGAAAGGAACAUCUGAAAUUCUGGAGAGCAAUACCAGUCCUCGCAGGAAACAGGGUAUACUGGUUUUCCUUCGACACUGAGCUGUCAAUUCCUCAGCCUUAACUGGGAUUUGAAUUGUAUGCAGUAUUGUGAAAUGUAUGGCAGGAUUCAUGUCAUGUUAAACAGAAUGUGCAAGCUGAGAAAUUAUCAUCAUCCAGGACUCUACAACCACGAUCUAAAAAACAGACACAAAUGGUCAACUGGCUACCU